AUGAUACCUGCUGGCUUUUUAUUGCUGCUCUUCAUCUCAGUUGAUGAGGUUUCAUCUGAGAAAAACUGCAGUUACCAGGAUGUUUUGAGCUACUUAAACCUGACAAGAAACAAUGAGCUGUACUUCAUGACCCGGCCUGUGAAGAACUACAAACAGCCCACCGUGGUUUCCCUGGAAGUCCUGCUCUAUGCCAUCCUAGACGUGGUUGAGAAGGACCAGAAAUUCAUCCCUUAUGUUUGGACCGUCAUGAGGUGGCACAACGACUACAUUUCCUGGAAUCCAGACCAGUUUUGUGGAAUUGACAACGUUUCUCUUCCCGCUGAGAUUUUGUGGCAGCCGGACCUUACCAUUGAAGAAAUGACAGAGAAGGACCGAGCCCCUCCAAGUCCUUAUGUCACCAUCAACAGUGGGGGCGUCGUUGAGCUGCAGAACGACCAGGUGCUGGUGAGCACCUGCAGGAUGCACAUUUACAACUUCCCCUUUGACAUCCAGAGCUGCAACCUUUCCUUCAAAUCUGUCAUACACACCGCCAGGGACAUCCGGCUGUACCCGAGUGACAACUCAUCAGAGGCCACCGAGUGGUCUCGUGAGGUCAUGCGGACUCAGUACGAAUGGCUGUUCCUGCACAUGGCGGUCACCACCAACAACGCCAGCAGUCCAACUGAACAGGAUAUGAUCAUUUACACCAUCAAAAUGAAGAGGAGGUCUAUUCUAUACAUUGUCAACUUCCUGCUGCCUGUCCUCUUCUUCCUGUGUCUGGACUUGGCCUCGUUCUUGAUCUCAGACAGCGGAGGCGAGAAGCUCAGCUUCAAAGUCACUGUGCUGCUUGCCAUCACAGUGUUACAACUUAUUCUCAAUGAAAUUCUGCCCGCCUCAUCUAACAGGGUCCCACUUAUAGCGGUCUACUGCAUCGGGAUAUUUGCACUGAUGCUGCUCAGCCUCCUGGAGACAAUUUUGGUCAUGUAUCUAAUAGAUAAAGACUCUCAUGACAACAAGGAAAAUGGAAACCAAAGCUCAAAAGAGGAGUGUAGCAAACCCAGCUUCAACAACUGUCACACAGAGCUGCACAAACAGAUUCAAAGUGGAUAUAUGUAUGAGCUGCCUGCUGAUGAAACUUCAUCUGAGCUGCUGUCAGCUGCCAAAGAGUGCGACGGCCAAAGACAGACAGAGGAGAACCAUAUCUUGAAGAGGCUUUCAGAUGAUCUGAGGGAGAUGGAGAAAGCAUUAACUCUGCUCCUCAACACCCAGAACCAAGAGAACAACCCUGGGUAUUGGACCCGAGUGGCUCAAAGGGUCAACAAAGUUUUCUUCAUUUUCUAUGUCACAGUGAUCGGUGUGUUUUUGCUCUUGAUGUUCUCAAGGUGGAGCAGUAUUUAAGGGUUGAGAGGGAAUCGUUUCCGCAUAAUGAGGACUUGAGUUUCAAGUAACUCAGAACCUUCAAGCAGAUAAUGGAAACCGAUGUUUGUCCAUAACACACAGACGGACGGUCUAGUGAGCAAAUAUAGUAUUAUAAAAUAUCAAUUCCUCCCUUAUUUCCCCUUGUUUACUACCCAUCCAUCCA